CCGCCGCCUUGCCCAGGCGAAGGGUUUUGGUGGGAUGCGACGGUGCUCCUUUCUUCGCGUGGGUGAGCGCGGGGCUUUUGUCAAGAGGAGUUUUUCCAACGAGGGUUUCUAGCUUGCACGUGGACGCCUGGCAGAAUGAACAAUCCUAUACCUUCCAAUUUGAAGUCAGAAGCAAAAAAGGCAGCUAAGAUUUUAAGAGAAUUUACUGAAAUAACUUCCAGAAAUGGUCCUGACAAAAUCAUACCUGCCCAUGUAAUUGCCAAAGCAAAAGGCCUUGCAAUCUUGUCUGUUAUCAAGGCGGGAUUUUUGGUAACAGCUCGAGGAGGCAGUGGGAUUGUACUAGCUCGCCUGCCUAAUGGAGGCUGGUCUGCUCCAUCAGCCAUAGGAAUUGCUGGCCUUGGUGGUGGAUUUGAAAUCGGUAUUGAGGUAUCAGAUCUUGUAAUAAUACUGAACCAUGAAAGAGCAGUUGAAGCUUUUGCGAAAGGUGGAAAUCUUACUCUGGGAGGAAAUUUUACGGUGGCAAUUGGGCCUUUAGGGAGAAAUCUAGAAGGUGAUGUGGCACUGCGGAGCUCUGCUGCUGUGUAUACCUAUUGCAAAUCUCGAGGACUAUUUGCAGGAGUUUCUUUGGAAGGAACUUGCUUAAUUGAAAGAAAGGAAACGAACAGCAAGUUCUAUGGCCGAGAUAUUCGUGCCAGUGCCAUUCUGUUUGGGGAUAUUUCUCCUCCUCUUCAGGCACAAGAUCUUUAUGAUAUCCUUGAGUCUUUUACUCUGCAAUAUGAAGUUCAGGAGGGGAGAAGCUAUAGUAGUGCACCGGUGACAAGAGAACCAAGGAAGAUUAAUGUAAAGCAACAGUCAAGUAGGACGUCACAGAACACUCCACCAGAAGCUCCAAGAACAUCAAACAGACUUUAUCCUGAGCUUCCCAGGAACUCUACUGCAGUGGAAAACUCCAAGUUCAAUCCUACAAUUGUGACAGCAAUAUAUCCGUUUGAAGGACAGCAGCCAGGUGACUUGACUUUUAACACUGGAGACAAAAUCAAGGUCACAACAAAAACAGAUUCCCAAUUUGAUUGGUGGGAAGGAAGUUUACAUGGCAGGACUGGCAUUUUUCCUGCUAAUUACGUAACAAUUAACUAAACUAUUUACUGAAAAUGGCCUUACCCUUUUGAUUAUUAACCUUUUCUUAAGUAAACAUAAGACUGAUCAUUUUAUAUUUGUUUUGAUUCAGUUGUAUGUGGGCUACUGUAAGGAAGAUCCAUUAAAGCACUAUUUUCAUGGUCUUAACUUCCAUUACAGCCCUAUAUUUUAUGGAAAGAGAUUGUAGAGAACAGGAAAGUCACAUAUGUCUCCUACGUUCAGUUUUCCAUUUUAGAGCUAGAGAUGGGCUGGACAGGGGAUGUGGAAACACAGAUGGAUUCUUCAUUUCUUAUCGUAUUCUUCUGCUCUGUUUCAUGCUGAUGUUGGCAGAGGAAAUAAAGUCUCUACUGAGCUCUGUAAGGGUUCUUCUAUUUAUGGGAAUCAGGCUUAAGUUUUAUUGGAUCACUCACUAUAUUUUUCCAGCUUUUUUUAAAAAAUACAUUCAAAAUAAUAUUUUCAUAAAUUUUAAUUUCUUUCUAUAACAUACUUGAGCAAAGCACAGAACUAAUUGGAUUGAACAGCAUGACAGAUGCUGAAUUUAAUAUGUUGUGUGUUUAACAUGCUUCAUUACUAAUUCAAAAUAAAAUCUUAAAUUAUUUUUGCCAA